GUGUGAGGAGAAAGAGGAGGGAGUCCCUCUCUCUAAAACCACUCAGAGGGACCAACCUGGACCUCCACCCAUUUGUGUGUCCUUAAAGAGUGAUGCGUCUAAAGAUGAAGCCAUUAGAUUUAAAGUCCAGCCUCUGUCUGCAGCAGAGAGGAUCCAUAUGACACCUGCUGGACCUGAACCUGAUCCCAGCUGUGUGUCCCUAAAGAGUGGCUGGUCUGCAGAUCGUCCCAUUAAUUUUAAAUUCGAGCAGGCAUCUGUUGCAGAGAGAUUGGACCAGGAGAGUUCAGAGGUUCCCAGUGAUCAGUCUGCCCAGCAGCAUCAAACACACAUUGACUCCAUAUUUAUGGUGCUGGGGGACAACAUCAUCACUUUUGUGAAAGACGAGCUGAAGAAGAUCCAGAAGGUUCUGACUACAGAUUACCCAGAAUGUUUAGAGAGUCAGAGGGAGGAUGAUGAGCAGAGGAGGAGCAGCAGAGAGGCAUUUGUGAAAAUCACACUGAACUUCCUGAGGACAAUAAGGCAGGAGGAGCUGGCUGACCGUCUGCAGAGCAAACUUUAUGGUGCAGUUUGUCAACAUAAUCUCAAGUCUGUCUUGAAGAAGAAGUUCCAGUGUGUGUUUGAGGGCAUCGCUAAAGCAGGAAACCCAACCCUUCUGAAUCAGAUCUACACAGAGCUCUACAUCACAGAGGGAGGGACUGCAGAGGUCAAUGAUGAACAUGAGGUCAGACAGAUUGAAACGGCAUCCAGGAAACGAGCUAGACCAGAAACAACAAUCAGACAUCUUUAAAGCCUUACCUGGAAGAGAUAAACCAAUCAGAACAGUGCUGACAAAGGGAGUGGCUGGCAUUGGGAAAACAGUCUUAACACAG